AUGCUAGAUGAGUUCAAUGCUCUUCUUCGCCAAGAAACAUGGUCUCUUGUCCCGUCUUCUUCCCAUCAAAAUGCAGCCGGCUGCAAAUGGGUAUUCAAGAUCAAACGAUGCUCUGAUAGAUCAAUUGAAGCACUUCUUGUGGCCAAAGGGUUUCAUCAACAUUCCGGGAUCAAUUAUUUUGACACAUUUAGUCCAGUGGUCAAGUCGAUCACUAUUCGCACCAUUUUGAGCAUUGUUGUUUCUUGUGGGUGGGGAAUAUGGCAACUUGACGUUAAAAACGCUUUUCUGCACGGUUAUCUUUCCGAGGCGAUGUUUAUGCAACAACCUUCUUACUUUGCUGAUCCUCUUCGGCCCACUCAUGUUUGA